AUGAGCGGGUACAAAGUCCUGCACGUCGAUCGCAAUGCCUACUACGGCGGGGCGAGCGCCUCGCUCAACCUCGAGCAACUUUACCAACACUUCCACAAAGGCCCCCCGCAGGCCUCAUUGGGGGGCAGCCAUCUCUACAAUGUCGAUCUCAUCCCCAAGGUGUUGAUGUGUGCGGGGGAGCUUGUGAAAAUCCUCCGCGCGACGGUGGUGGAGCGCUACAGCAUGGAGUUUAUGCUGCUGGACGGCUCCUUUGUCCUCAAGGACGGCGCGAUCGCGAAGGUGCCGGCGACGGAUAAAGAGGCCCUGAUGUCCCCGCUCAUGGGCUUUUUCGAGAAGCGCCGCGCGGCGAAGUUCUUCUCCUUUAUGUCCGCCUACCAGGCGGACGACCCGCGGACCCACAAGGGCUACGACCUCAAGACGAUGACGAUGGCGGCGCUUUAUCAGGCCUUCGGGAUCGGCAAGGACACCAUCACCUUCGUCGGCCAUGCCGUGGCCCUGCAGAGCAAUGACGAUUACCUCCAACAGCCCGCGCAUGAUACCGUGAUGUUGUGCAAAUUGUACGAAAACAGCUUUCAUAUGUACUCCACCUCGCCCUAUGUGUACCCGCUUUAUGGGUGUGGGGAGCUCCCGCAGGCCUUUUCGCGGCUUUCCGCGGUUUAUGGCGGGACAUAUAUGCUCCAAACCCCCGUCGAUCGCGUGAAUUUCGACGCCGACGGGGUCUUCGAGUCCAUCGAAAGCGAGGGAAAGAAGGCCCACGCGAAGUUCGUCGUGGGCGACCCGUCGUACUUCCCCGACCGCGUCCGGGCGGUCGGGAAGGUGGUGCGCGUCAUCGCGAUUAUGGAUCACCCCAUCCCCGGGCUGAAAACCUCCGCCAAGUCCUGCCAGAUCAUCAUCCCGCAAACCGAAUUACGGCGAAAAAACGACAUGUACAUCCUUCAACUCUCAGGGGAUAACAAGGUAUGCCCGGCGGGGAAGUUUAUCGUGAUUAUCGGGACAGUCGUGGAGAAUUUGCGCGAUCCGGAGGCGGAUGUGCGGCCCGGGCUUGAGUUGAUCGGCCCUCGGCUCGAGACAUUCAUCGCCGUUUCGAACAUUUACGAGCCGCUGGAGGAUGGCCACGCCAGCCGGUGUUAUAUCAGCAAAAGUUAUGACGCCGCCACCCACUUCGAGAGCGCCGCCGCGAAUAUUUUAGAACUUUUUAAGACCAUACAUGGGAAACCCUAUGACUUUGAAAAGACAACGGAGCCUGGUUGCGCUCGGUAA